AAAGCACCCAUGGUCCCAUGCUUCAGAAAGAACACACCUAUAAGUCUAUAACAAUCUAGUGAGUAGCAUUACCACAGCCUUCUGUUUGAAACAAUGAGGGUUUCUCAGUCUCUCAUCCAUACUAUCAUAUUGGCUUUGGUCACAUCCUUUGCCGAUGCUUAUGAUCCAAGUCCACUCCAAGACUUCUGUGUCGCCAUUGAUGACCUAAAUGGCGUUUUUGUGAACGGUAGGUUCUGUAAAGACCCAAGGCGAGUCGUUGCAAAAGAUUUUUUCUUCUCAGGCCUCAACGUCCCUGGGAACACAGAUAAUCAAGUCGGCUCCAAUGUGACCACAGUUAACGUUGACCAGAUCCCAGGGCUAAACACUAUGGGAAUAUCAUUGGUCCGUAUAGACUAUGCGCCAAAUGGUCAAAACCCGCCUCACACGCACCCUCGUGGCACAGAGAUCCUUGUCCUUAUCGAAGGAACAUUAUACGUUGGUUUUGUCUCUUCCAACCAAGACGACAACCGUUUAUUCGCCAAAGUAUUGCACCCGGGUGACGUGUUUGUGUUCCCCAUAGGAAUGAUUCAUUUUCAGGUAAACAUUGGAAAAGUCCCUGCGGUUGCUUUUGCUGGAUUGAGUAGUCAGAACCCUGGAGUGAUCACAAUCGCAAACGCCGUGUUUGGGUCAAACCCUCCGAUUUAUCCAGAGGUUCUAGCCAGGGCGUUCCAGUUGGAUGCAAAUAUUGUCAAAGAACUUCAGGCCAAGUUUGGUCCAUGAACUGAAUCGAAGUCGUUAAAAGUGUCUAUCAGUGUAAUACUCUAUGGUUAUGUUAAACAAAUAAAAGGUGCUUAAUAAAGUUAAAAUUAACUUCUACA